UUGUCUCAGUGCCAGCUGCACACACACACACACACACACUCAGUGAUGGAGGAGCUUCUAUUACCGAGCGCUGACGAGGAGGCUCGCUCCGACCAGAGCUCGUUUUCUCCAGGAGACACGAGGAGGACGAUGUGGGACAGAAUCAAGUCCAUGGUCCAGGUGACGGUGAAGGACGAGCUGAAGAGGAACAUCCAGGUCUUCUGUCGCAGGAACGCUCUGCUCACAUUGUCCAUCAUCGCCGUCCUGACCGGCUGCACACUGGGCUUCAUGCUGAGAGGAACCCAGCUGUCCACACAGGCAAAGAUCUACUUCUCCUUCCCUGGAGAGCUGCUGAUGAGGAUGUUGAAGAUGCUCAUUCUUCCUCUCAUCACGUCCAGUCUGAUGUCGGGUCUGUCGUCCAUGGAGUCAAAGGCAUGCUGUCGCAUGGGCGUCCUCACCGUCACAUAUUACCUGUGGACCACCUUCAUCGCCGUGGUGGUCGGCAUCGUCCUCGUCCUCAUCAUCAAACCUGGUGUGGGGACAGAGAUGGAGAGUCACCGUCUGGGAGGCGGACCCGUCAUGACCUCGGCCGACGCCCUGCUCGACCUCAUCAGAAACAUGGUUCCCUCUAAUCUGAUCGAGGCCACCUUUCAGCAGUAUAAAACAGACCUGGUUCCCAUCCUCAAACUCUCGACCAGGACCAUCCAGCCCAACUUUGUCUACGUCAUCCCUGACGAUAGUGACCCUAAAGGUCGGACAGUGUACCUGGAGCUGACUCCGCCUCCAGAGGUCACGUACAAAACCAGUCCAGGCAGCAGCCAACAGAUGAACGUCCUGGGCAUCGUCAUCUUCUCUGCCACCAUGGGUCUGUUGCUGGGCAGGAUGGGAGAACGAGGCGCCCCGCUGGUCAACGUGUGUCAGUGCAUCAACGAGUGUGUGAUGAAGAUCAUAAAUGCUGCUGUUUGGUACUUUCCUUUCGGGAUCAUUUUCCUGGUGGCGGGAAAGAUCCUGGACAUGCAGGACCCGAGCACUCUGGGUAAGAAGCUGGGCUGGUACGGCAUCACCGUCCUCGCUGGCCUCUUUGUCCACGGUCUUGUCCUCCUCCCUCUCUUCUACUUCGUCCUCACCGGGAAGAAUCCGUUCUCCUACAUCCGUGGUCUGCUGCAGGCCAUGGUCAUCGCUCUGGCCACGUCGUCCAGCUCAGCCACGCUGCCCAUCACCAUGAAGUGUCUGUUAGAAAACUGUCACGUGGACAGACAGAUCGCCCGCUUUGUGCUUCCUGUCGGCGCCACCAUCAACAUGGACGGCACGGCGCUGUACGAGGCCGUGGCCGCCAUUUUCAUCGCUCAGGUCAACGACUACGAGCUGGACCUCGGUCAGCUGGUCACCAUCAGCAUCACAGCGACGGCCGCGAGCAUCGGCGCGGCAGGGAUCCCUCAGGCCGGCCUGGUUACCAUGGUGAUCGUACUGACCUCAGUGGGGUUACCGCCUGAUGACAUCACACUCAUAGUAGCCAUUGAUUGGAUCCUAGACAGAUUUCGGACCAUGAUCAACGUCCUUGGAGACGCUCUGGCUGCAGGAAUCAUCGCUCACCUGUGUCGCAAAGAUUUCCCUCUCAGCAACACCGGAAAGUCUGUCCCGUCCUACGGAACACAAACGCCUCACAACUCUCACAGCAUCGACGUGCCCAUGACGGAGCUCCACGCCGACAAUGCUGCGGGCGAGAGACACGCCCACACCGUCUACUACAACAUCUGUCAGGUGUGACGGGGACAGACGGGACAUACGGGACAGACGGGGACAGACGCACAGUCAGAGAGAGAGCGUGAAGACACACAGGUGAUGACAUCACUAUGAUUUAAACUCAUCAUCAUCAACAGAAACUUCAUCUCAGACUAAACAGCGCCCCCUAUCAGAAGACUGUAGGAGGGAUUUAGAGCUGGACACAUGGUCACAUGAUGGUUGUCAUGGUGAUCAUCUGUGGAAUACAGCAGGAAAACAGGUGUCGCCAUGUCCAUGUGAGCUUAAAGACUGUUUCAGACGUCUGUUCAUCCUCUCUUUGGCCUCCAGGGGCGCCACAACCUACACUUUUCACAUGAUUACUGUCAGAGAACUGAUGAUCUGUCAUGAGCUCCUGACACAGCGCCCCCUGCUGCUGUCAACCAGCCUGAGACACCUGAAGAGACUCAUGUUUGAAAACCACAUCAGGACUGAUGACACCUGAAGUCAUCCUGUGGUUUCAGGACACUGGAGACAGCUGAGGACACUGGAGACAGCUGGAUAAAUUGUUCAUCUACAGAUGCUAAAACACAAGUACCACAGCGAUGAACAUGUGUUGUUCAUCUGAUCAUGAAUGCAGCUCAGUUAUUCAUCAGAAAUGUCUGCUGGAGCAGGGUCAUCUGCUGCAGCGCCCCCUGAAGGCCAGCAGAUGCUCAGUUAUGAGCCUCAAUGUUCUCAUACAUGUUCCUCAGUGAGGAACUGAGAGAACCAGGAGGAGAACCAGGAGGAGAACCAGGAGGGGAACCCAAACAGAAGACACUGUUAAAGGUUAAUCUACUCAAUCUGAAGACUGAAUGAAUCAGGUGCUCUUCAUCUUCCAGUCUCCUCCUCCUCCUCUUUUAUUUGACUGCACGCUGGCGUGCGCUUCUUCUGACUUCAUUUGAAGUCGAUGUACUUUUACGUGUUGUUUUGUUAAAAGUUCUGUAGGAUUAUGAAUGUGAUGAAGAUGAUGAAGGUGAUGGAGAUGAUGGAGAUGAUGGAGAUGAUGAAGGUGAUGAAGAUGAUAGAGAUGAUGAAGAUGAUGGCAUGAUGACAUGAUUGCUGUUUAGAUUCUCCUUCACAUUUCAAACAGAAUGACUGACCUUGAAUCAUUUUUACAUCACAUAUAAUAUAAACAUAUAAACAUAUUCAGCCUCUACCUCGACUUUUACAUGUAUGUUUACAUAUUUUUAUCAAAACUGCAGAUUAAUAAAGUUUCAUUAUAGAGAUUAACGGUGACAUCAUCAUCCAUUUAUGUUCAUUUAAUAAAACAUUUAACGUCACAUGAUUGAAAACAUACAAAUGUUGUUUUUGAUGAAGUGCUCCUUUAAUUUAUGUUUCACUGAUAAAUGAUCAGAGCCUUAAUCUGAGUUCAUCCAUGACAUCACUGUUGUUUUUUAAAUCAUAGCAAAUUAUAUCAAACAUCUUUGUGUUUCAUUUAAAACUAAACAAUAAAAUGAAUUCU